AUGGAUAGCCUAAUAAUUCAAGGAGGAAUUCCUCUAAAAGGGGAUAUUAAUAUUAGUGGUGCUAAAAAUUCAGCAUUACCAAUUAUGGCAGCCUCUUUACUUACGGGUAAACUUAGCUUAAAUAAUAUCCCAAAACUUACAGAUAUUACUACUAUGAAAACUCUACUCAACGAGAUAGGUAGUAUCAUCACGGUAACGAAUCACCAGCAACAUUUAAGCAUGGAAAUUGAUAGCAGUAAAGUAAAUAACCUGGUUGCUCCUUAUGAUAUUGUAUGUAAAAUGCGAGCUUCGAUUUGGGUGCUUGGUCCUUUGCUGGCAAGGUUUUCUGAAGCAAAAGUGUCUCUACCGGGAGGAUGCGCUAUAGGAGCUAGGCAAGUUGAUCUACAUAUAGAGGUACUGCAAGCUAUGGGAGCAGAGAUCAAAGUUGAUCAUGGUUAUAUUAACGCUAAAGUUAAAGGUAGAUUGAACGGUAUAAAUUUCACCUUUAAUAAAAUAUCAGUUGGUGCAACUAUUAAUGCUAUAAUGGCUGCUGCUUUAGCUAAAGGCGAAACAACUUUAUUUAAUUGUGCUAUGGAGCCAGAAAUAGUUGAUUUAUGCCAGUGCUUAAAAAAGAUGGGUUCUGAGAUUUAUGGGAUAGGUAGCAGUAAAAUUAAAAUUAUUGGUAAAAGUCAUUUAAACAAUGCUACUUACUCAAUUAUGUCAGAUCGUAUUGAAGCCGGUACUUAUAUGAUAGCAGCGGCAAUUACUAAAGGUGAUUUAAAUAUUUAUGGUAUCGAAUAUAAAAUAGUUAAAAAUCUCGUGGUAAAACUACUUAAAGCAGGGAUUCAAGUUUUACCUAUUGAGCAUGGUCUCAAAAUCACUUAUGUAGGUGAAAUAAACCCUGUUAAUAUUCAAACUAACCCUUAUCCGGGUUUUGCCACUGAUUUACAAGCCCAAUUUAUGAGCUUAAUGGCACUGUGUAAUGGUUGCGCUACAAUUACAGAGAAUAUUUUUGAAAAUCGCUUUAUGCAUGUUCCAGAAUUAUGCCGAAUGGGCGCUCGUAUUACGAUUAAAGGGAACAGGGCACGAAUAUCGGGAGUGAAAUCUUUAGUAGGAGCAGAAGUGAUGGCAAGCGAUCUUAGAGCCUCCGUAUCGCUAGUUUUAGCUGGGCUUACAGCGCAAGAUCAAACUAUAAUCCAUAGAAUAUACCACUUAGAUCGCGGAUAUCAAGCCUUAGAACAAAAAUUAAUAAAUUGUGGUGCGGAGAUAAAGCGCGUUCGAAAAUAUACUCAAAUGAUUUAA